AUGUCGACAUUGUUUCUAAUUGGAAACGUAACUAGUACUGGGACAACAGUAGAGUCUAAUAAAAAUGAAGAUUUUAGUACUCUAUUGUCUGCAUUAGAAGAUUCAACUAACAAAUAUUGCAAUUUGUUUCAAAGAAAAUUGAUUUUACCAGACUUAGAUUCUUUAUUAUGGAAAAUUUAUUCAGAUAGAUUAUUACCUUUGCCAAAUAAUUGGAAUUAUGAAACUGGAAUUGCUUUAGUUGUAUAUCAUUCAGAAAAAAUUUUACCACAAAUGAAUAUACGGCAAAUGAAUCAUUUAUUUAAACAAUAUUUUGCUACAUUGAAUAUUUGUUUUAUUGAUAUUUCAAUUAUGGAAAAUUCUCCAAAUGAUUAUAUGAAUAUAUUACAUGAUAUACAAGACGAUUUAGCCAUCACUAGAAAUCGUGUACUGAAAAUGAAUCAUUGGAUGAAUCAUUCUACAACUUCAUGUAGCUCAAGUGUUUAUUCAAUGAUGAGACAAUUUAAUACAUAUAAUGAUAUUUCAAAUAAAGAUCGUGAACCUAUUCCAAGAGUCAUUAGAAAUAUAGAUUUUCAAAGAUUACUGGAAGAACAUAAUAGUUUAUCAAAUUUUGAAGAUGAAGAAAAAAAAUAUAUGGAGCUCCUUUCUUCUUGGAAAUUUUCAGCAUUAAACCUUAAUACCAUUGAAUUAAUUAAAUGUGGAUUUUAUUUAAUUAAGAGACUAUCAAAUUUUGCAAAUGUCUCAAUUACUGAUAAUAAACUUUAUUUAUUAUUAAUUACAAUUGAAUUAUCAUACCAUCAAAUAAAUAAAUUCCAUAAUUUUAGACAUUGCAUUGAUGUUAUGCAAGCUUGCUGGCAAAUUUGUGAAUAUAUCAUCCCAGACGCUCAUAUGACUAAAUUAUUAUUAGCUUUAGCUGCAACAGGUCAUGAUAUUGGUCAUCCAGGAACUAACAAUUCAUUAUUCUUAAAUUCAAACAAUGAAUUAACUCAAAAUAAAUCUAUCUUAGAAUCAUUCCAUUAUAAUAUUUUCAGUCAUAUCUUAGGAAAUCAUUGGUCGAAAAUUAAUUCCAUCUCCACUACUGGAUCUAUUGAUAAUAUAAUAGAGAAAGGAAUUUUAGCUACAGAUAUGAGUCUUCAUUCGACUUAUGUAGAUAUAUUAACACAAAAGAAAGAUAAAUCUGAAUUUACAAUGACAGAAUUGAUUUCAAUAAUUGUUAAAGCUGCAGAUAUAUCAAAUGUUACUAGACCUUUAACCAUAAGUGCUAAAUGGGCUCUCUUAAUUACUUUAGAAUUUGGUGAUUGCGCACUUUUACAAAAUUUUUAUAAAAAUGAAAAUAAUCCAAACGAUGAUAUUAAUUGUUUUGAACUUCUAAAGACUCAUCCUUGUAAAGAACAUUUAACAAAAGCUGAUAAUAUUGAUAUGGAUACUGAAAUUGAAAUUUAUGAAUUACUUAAUCAAGUUGAUUUUAAUGUUGAUAAUUUAUUACAAAAAUAUCCUAUGAUUCCAAAUGGUCAAAUUUUUUUUAUUGAUACAUUUGCAUUUGAAUUUUUUAACAAAUUAUCUGUCGUAUUUCCAAAUUUAAAAUUUUUAGUAGAUGCAAUAGUAGAAAAUAAAGCUUAUUGGGUUCAAAAAAAACAAGAACAAGAAUCUUCACAAAAUUGA